AUGGAGCUGGGUCGAACCUCUCACCUUCAACGAAUCACCCCCUGCGUCAUCUUCUGGGAGAUUUGGAAAGCCCGUAACACCGCUAGAUUUGAUGGAACCAAGAUUCAUGCUCCAUCCAUCACGGACAAUGUGAAACGAUGCCUGCUAUCGUUGGCUUCGCUUUUCCCUGACGUCCUCCACCCCCCAGCCUAUUCUUUCCCUCGGGCUGACCUAGGCAUGUCUUCCUUGCGCCAGGUUUCCAGCCCCCUGAUAGUUGUCAGAUGGCAGAUUCCUCCCACGGGUUGGAACAAGCUAAACGUCGAUGGAUCUACGAUUGAAAACCCGGGCCCGUCGGGAGGCGGCGGUUUAUGUAGAAAUGAUAGAGGCGACUUCAUCUCCGGCUUCUUGGCAGGCUAUGGCCCCGGCUCCAAUGUCUAUGCUAAACUAAGGGCCAUUCAUGAUGGGCUUACACAUUGCGUCACCCUCGGCCUGCAGAAUAUUAUUGUGGAGUCUGACUCCAAAUUAGUUGUCGAUUUCUUAAACGGUCUGGCGAAGCCCUCCUGGAAAUGGUCAUACUAG